GCUGCCAUCUGCAGCCACGGAGGACGGGAAGAAGACAACAGAGGAGCGUACCUGAUUGAGGUACAUGUUUGACAAGAAAACCGAAAUUAAAGAGUAUUUUUGAUGUUAUUUACUCUCUAUAGCUAGAGGUAAAAAUCAUCUAAACUUCUUUGCUCUAGAAAAGAACCUAAAUAUAAAUUAAAGGUCUGUUAUUGGAUUUUCGACAGACUGCUUUGCUAACUUUCCACAAACCCUAAGGGAUGCUUAGGCGUAAAAUUAAUUUAGGGUCAAACACACCGUACCACCGAGUUAGACCCCCCCUCCAGAGAUGAAUGUUGUCGACCACUUGCUUCUCUAGUUAUUCCAACUUUAGUAACAACCGCAGGAUAGCAAUACAGAGAGACAUACGCUCAACCAAAACGCCACUCUAUAGCCACAAAUAAUGCUCAGAACAGCACCUAACUUCAUCAACAGGACAUAUAGGGUCACAGACAUAGUACUAGACACCAAACAUCUUUUUAACUUUGACUCAUUUCUUUAGCUCAUUUGAAGUGUUGUCUGUUUAUUUUGACAUGAUACCUCUUAAAUCUUUGUGUUCUAGUAAAAAUCUCCCCCUUCUGUCUGCAUAUCAAAAUAAAACAUGUAUACUAUAUUCCCUUGUAUAAAACGUUUUCAUUUUACUAACCUGUUUAGGGCCGAACAAGGCAAAACUAUUUAGUGUGUGGCAAAAAGAAGAAGUCUGAAAAAUAGCAGAAAAAUGUGCUAGCAGAAUUAAGCUUCUUUAUGUUUGCACACUUCUUAUAAUCUCUCUAACCCUCAGGUUUUAUCUUUGGACUCUUCAAACUGGCUUUUCUCCUGAGCUGGGUACCUCUAAGCAAAAAAAAGUGACCUGCAGAGUGAAGCAUGAAGUUUGAUCCAGGUCUUUAUUUACUGAGGAAAAUAUGAAAUCUCCUGUUGCAUGUUUUGGAUCAUGAGGUAAACAUGUUGAAUUUUUAUAUUAUUACUGACAGAUAUGUGCAUCACUAGCCCACAAUUGUCCCAACACUCAAUUAAAGACACAUUAAAACUCCAAAGGCACUCUGUAGUGAGUUUACAACACACAUUUAUUCACAUAGCAUGGUGUUAAAUGCAAAAUCUACACGAAUGCUGUAAUACUAGUACAAAACAUGUACACUUAAGGGAUCAACUUUGCUGCACCACCAUUCACACUUUUAACACUAUAGCUUAAAAUGCACUUUGCUGAAAAUACAUACUUUAACUUAGUGUAAAAGGAUAAAUAUCUGUUAAGUUUAGAAAUUCUUUUGUUGUUUUUGAAGGAGGAAAUUUGAGCAAACACUUCUUCUUCUUUUAGAAAGGCAUCUUUCUGUAGAUAUGAUGGAUGACCUGGAGGUCACAGAGGUCUUCAGCGUAAGUCAGGAUUAGAUAACUCUGAACAUAAGCUGAGCUAAGGUAAAAAAGGACCCGUGGACAUGGGGCUCUUUAACCGCAGAUUAUGCAAACUAAAACUAGCUGUAUACCGAUUUCCUUUUUAUUAUUUUUGUGUAUUAUCUAAAUUAAAAUGUCAAAUGUACACCUUUAAAAACAGGUUUUUUUUUUAACUAUUUAUAAUCUGAGCCAUAGUUUAGUUCUUAAAGUUUCAUUUCACAGACACAAUAAUUUUGUUUUCAAAUGCAAUAGAACAAAAUUACGUCCAGUAAUAUACAAAUAUCAGAAUGUCAAACAAGCAAAUGUUAAAAAACAUCAUCUAACUUUUUAAACUUGCUCACUGAAACUAGACAAAAUCGUUACCUUUAAACUUCUCAUCUGGAAUUCAGAAGCCAUGUAAGUGGGCACAGCAGGCGUAAUCAAUACUGCAACAUGGUAGAAGAUAUUUGCACGUCUCAGCACCAGUCAGGCCUCUGAAAGCUGAUGUCACCAGGCUAAAUUUAGCCUUUGGCUCGUGAUGGGCACAUCAGAGCAUUAUUUAUGUUAGGGGUUAAAAAUAUACAGUAUUCCCCGGUGACUGAAAGAGUAAUGACCAGUGCUGCAAGAUCACGUGUGGAGGGAGUUUUUGUUCAGCAGUACUGGGAUCUGCUCUUUCUCUACUCUACAAAUAAUCUAAAGCUUUUAAUUCACACGCUAAGUCAAAUUAUCAGCCUUUUCAAUUCUAAGAUGUUUGUAGCUCAUCCUGAGGUCAAAGGCCAAAGAGGUCAGUAUGAGAGACACAAAUAGCUGCUAAGAUGUGCAGAGAUGACAUAACUGGGGCACUCUGGAGAAGUUUCUCUGCAGAUUUGCAAAAAUGAGAGAAAGUCCAAACUGAAUUUAUCCGUGAAGGAGCAUUAAUGCAUUUCAGUUUAUUUUCUAUUGCAGAAAAAUUGGGUCACGCAAAGUCUCUGUGAAAAAAACAGAUGUAGUCUCAGUGGCAUUACAUAAUGUUCCCUGCAGAGAUGUUUUCAAGAUGUCGUAGAAAUGAGGUGCAGAGAUCUAAAUGUUUUUGAACUGGGGCUGCAAACAUGUUUAAUUUAGCUGUAAACUGGAAAUUUAAAUAUGGGCUCCGGUAGAGAUUCCUGAGCUUUUAGGACCAGUCUGCUUGGAACUUCCUGUUUUAACCAUGCACUUGUUGACUAGGAGUUAGGACUUGAAUGGGGAGGUACCUCAACUUGGAGCUCAUCAGCUUUGACCUGAAAUUCAGUCGAGACCCAAAACUGGACCUGUUGUUUUUGAACGACUUGAUGGGUUUUUGUCUUGACUUGGAACUUGUUAAAGUUGACCUAAUUACAGACUAUGCAGCCUUGACUUGGAAACCUACCGGGACUUGAUAGUUGUUUGUUUUGACCUGGAAAUUGACUUGGGGAAUGCCUUCUCCAGAGAACGGUCAGUCUUGACUUGAAUUUGUUGUCCUUGGUUUUUGAUCGUCAACCUUUAGUUGCACUUGUUGACCCUUUUAUCAAGAACUCGUUGGUCUUAUCUUAGGACUUGUUGACUGAGUUGACGGUCUACGAUGACUUCAAAGUUGAUUUAACUUGGAACUUACUGGUUUCUGAUGGAAGCUUGAAAGUGGAACUUGUAACUGGACCUGUGGUUUUUAACUUGUGAGUUAUUGAGCUAAACUUUGGAAAUGUUUGAAAACAUCGUACUUUUGGUCUUGACUUAGCUCAGGACUUGUUGAACUUGGGAAUUGUAAUCUUGACUUAGGGCUGAAUGGUGUAAAGUCAAAUUGGAACUAGUUUGUCGUGGGUGUAGAUAAUGUAACCUUAACUUGGUGACCUGGACUUGUUUUCUUAACUUGACCCUGAUUUGGGACUUGUUUGUUUUGACUUGGUUUCACUUGCCUUAACUUGAGACUUCUUGAUCUUGAAAUUAGACUUAAGUUGAGACUCAGGCUUUAACUUGUAACUUGGUGACCUGGAUUUGAAACUUGUUUUUCCUGACUUUGGAUUUAUUUGCUGGGAGUUGAACAUCGUCCCACUUUUCUCGAGACUGGAUCUGGACUUGCAACUUAAGGUCUUGGUUUAAGACUUGAUGAUGUUUAUUGGGCUUAAAUUGAGACCCACAGACUUGGGACUUUUUGAUCUGUACUGGAGAUUUCUUCUCCUUCACUUGGCAUUUGUUUGUCUUUCUCCAAGACUACUUUGUCUCGACUCAAGAAACUUUCUUUUUAAACUUGAAAUUUAACUUUUUGUCUUUUUUAGCAUCUUUGUGAACUCAUGUUUGGAGCGCUGCCGUCUUCUUCUUGUCGGAAGUAAACAAGCACACGCUGAUUCAGAAUAAAGUGACUUUUAGCCUGGAUUGUAACUCUGUAAAGUCAGCGGACCUGUGCCAGAACCAAACAGGAAUCAUGUAUACAAACAGGAGAAGACGUGACUAUUUUAGGAGCACACUAUAUAGCAACAAGGACGUAUGGACUCUCAUGUUCUGCAGGAAUUCACAGCCUGCAGUUCAGCCGCUUCUGUUCCUCCUGAGACAGCAGGCGUCCCCCUCCUCACCCCUCCCUCUCCCAGAGUCAGAGCCCCUAGCAGGUGAUCCUAGACGAUCAGUUGGAGGCUGACAGCGACGUGUUGGACUCUCAGCUGGACAGAUUUAGCAGCUGCUACAGAAACAGUGUGCCAAACGGGGGCCGGUGAGCGUUACUCUGCUCUACUCCUGCUCCUUCAAACACCUUCAGGAUAACAGCGACGCUAGGUAAGGCGUUACAAAUCCCCUUAAAUCCAAAAUGGAGAUACAAGACGAAGAGGAGAGCGGCCGAACAUCACCCACCUUUGAGUACAAGGCAGCUCACCAGGCGCUGAGGGAUCGCUGGAAGAAUACCGACGACACCAUGUGCCGCCACAGCAUGUCCUUCCACCUGCACCACACGGUGAGGAGCGAGUUCUUCGCCAGCUACCUGUACCUGGUGGAGAAGAUCCCUCUGGGUAAGAAGCAGGGCGACACAAAGCUGCAACCUCACACCAGUCAAACAGUGGGGAGGUCAAGAUCUUUAACUUUGACCCUGUUAUUGUUGGAGAAGCAUGCUGAGGGUUUCUGCGUGUUUUUGUUUGAGUUUAAUUUCACUGAUAAGAAACAACUGAGAGUUUAGAACAUGCAGCUCAGCAAACAUCAACUUAUCAGCUGAUUAAAGUCACAAAGGCGUGUGUUUGAUAGGAAAAGUCUGCCCUGAAAAUCCCCCCAACAAUGCCUCAGUUAAAGUCAAAAUCACAGCUCUGUUUAAAGUGAUGAUUGAUUAUCUGUUAUGGUAAAAAAAAAACAGAAAACAAAUGACUGUUAAAAGGACGGAAACACGCUUUUAAAAAGUAAAGUGUGACUGUAAGAGCAAAAACCUGAAUUAUAAUUAUAAUUCUGAAUAAUAAUUUGGGGUCUUAGGUUGUGCAGAAAGUCAGUGGUGUGGCCAGAACCCAAUUAAGACCCGCUUACAUGAUCAUAUAUCUAUAAAAUAUCAAAGAUCAACUAUCUAUACUGAUGCCAAUAUAGAUACUAAUGUCAUGUGCAGUUGUGUGCUCCUCUGUCUACACCCUGUGUGAUUUAUGAUUGUCCUUGUCAUCAUAUCCAAAAACAUGUGCUUGCAUGUUGCAUAUAAACCUUUCAAAUGGUAAUAAAUUAAUCUACAUAUUUACAUGAAAGGCACUUUGUAUCUGUGCAUGUAUUAGCAUCAUGAAUGCUUCACUAAUGUGGUCAUAACGGCAUUUUAGGAGUGUUGGAGUAUUCGUAUGAAAAGAAGCUUUGCUGUAAAAACGUGCAAAAGUAAGAAAAAGGCUGAGAUGACAAUUUAACACAUUAGAUAUGUGACUUUCUAUUCGUCUUUUUGCAUAACUUGAAUCUAUACUGACGUUUUUUACGCUUUGUGAGCUUUUUUUCUGCCCAAUCUUAUUUAGCAUCCACUUUACAUGCUGACUUUUACUUUAAAUAACAAAAAUAUAAACUGUAGUUUAUGUUUGCAAGCACAAAUUUGCAGAAUGCAUUUAAAUAAAUCCCUGUAUAGAUGUAGAUGCAUAGAUCUAAGCUUUGCUGCUUUAACCGUAUUUGGACUUUGCUGUUGGCAAAUGUAAACAGACUUCAGAUAGAGAGGUAUUUUCGGCUGCAUACAGACAUGCUAAAUACAUUUGAUAUGUGGACUGUAAGUGGUCCAUAUGUUCUAUCUGCACAUGUUAACAUAUCAACAUAAUCUGAUGAGCUAUUAGCAGUCAUGUAUGAGCCUCAGUGUUCUCAGGUAGCUGCUCCAUCAGCCUGAAACUGUUUUGAAAAGUAAGAUUGAAAUUUGAGAGUCAGUUACAGGAAGAUAACAUGAUGUUCCAGAUUCAGAUCAAAUCAGGAUCAAUGAAGUAUUUCUUCUUCUUCUUAAACGGACCGGGUCGCUCUGACCGUAUUUCCAGAAACCGUGAACAUGAAGAAUAAAUGAGCCUCGGUCAGAACCGUCCUGGUUCUACUUCAUCUCUAAGGUGUUGUCAACAGGUGCAGCUAAGUAACAUCCGAGUCAUUUUGCCUCUCGGGACUCGGUGGUCUUGUCAGAUAAGAUAAGAAGAACUUUAUUAAUCCCUGAAGGAAAAUUCAAUUGUCUGUUGUCUCACAUAGUAUGUCUCUAAAAGUUUUCUACUAUUUACACAAGAGUUAUAAAGUCUGAUGGUACAAAAGAUCUUCUGAAUCUUUCUGUCCUGCAGUGAAGAGAGAGGAGCCGUCCACCACCAUUGGCCCUUUGGUCCAUCAAGGUGUUGUGAAGUGGGUGAUCCAUGUUCUUGAGAAUAGUCUCCACCUUCCUCAGGUGGAGACUAACUAACUUUAGUUGGUUUAGACUUGUUGGUCAUCAGAGCGUCAGAAACGACCUGGUUCUGGUUUUUAGACUAAGAGGGAUCAUCCUUUGGAGCGGACAUUAACUGUUUGACAUCCUUCAUCAGCCGUGAAGAGAGUUUCUGUUCCACAUUCACAUUUUUGUUUAGUCCUUGCAGCGUCGAGUCAAACUCUCUCAGACUUCAUAGAUUUGGCCAAACGAUGUUGUUGGCAUGUUUCAUGGUUUUGUGUAUCUGUUGUUGCCUAGCAGCUGUUUUUCCCGUCUCUCUCUCUCUCUGUCCUCCUCAGUCAUUUGUUUGGCCGUGUUUUGUUUACCUGUUACUUCCUGUUUGCUGAGUCGGCAGCCCUGUUCUUUAGCAAAGACAGUAAGGAUGUAAGAUACCUCACUCCUCUGCAGAAAACAGUCUUAUGACCACGUCCAGCAUGAAAACCAGUCAUCAAUCUGCGACGUAGACACUCCUAAUUCUUCCAAAUCAGUACUCCGAAGAAGCAGACAGUCUUUGAAAUCUUCACUUCAGAACAUAAAGGCAUGAACUCCAGACUUACAUAAUCCCCGUCAGGCUGCACUCACAUCCAUACCUGAGACCCAAACCUGCAGAAACAGGAGAUCCUGACCUGUUGGCCAUUCUGGACUCUGAGACGGCUUAUUUUCUAACCACUAACUCGAUAUGAGGCCCAUUAAUGGAAAGGCACGCCGAGCAUUCAGGCUCUUACUCAUGUCAGUCAGUGCUUACAUGACAGAGAGAGGGCUGCGGUCGGAUUAUUUACCAACAGCUCUGACAGCCUGAAACAGUCUGAACACGACGGUAUUUCUCUUUUUAUGUCUUCAUAUAGUCGACGACGACGGAGGAGGAGGACGCUUCAAAAAUAAAAACUUUUUACUGUAUGGAGGAGUUUCACUAACCGAAAUCUUCUGAUCCUGCAUCGACCAGUUUAAUAGACUUGUGCGGUUUCUUUGAAAGUCAAAGGUCAGCCAGGCCUCUCACCUCUAAUGAGCUGCUUCACUCUAAAGGUGUGACAUCAAGAGCAUGGCGGCGUCGGACCAACACUUUCUUGGCAGUCGUCUUCAUCGUCACGCCGUCGUCCGCCCCUUCACGCGACCUAAAGCUGCCGUCUCUGCCAGGUCCGAACCCUGGAGCGUGGGCACCUGCCAGGAGAGUCUCGUCAUGUUUCGCUUGUUUCUACACCUUGUUUUCGGCGUGACUUCCAGGUGCUGAUGGAUUCGCUCUCCUUCUUGGCUCUCUGCCUCAUCUUGAAGUUCCUCCCGACCAAGGACAGAGUCCAGCUGGAAAUAAAUCCGCCCUCUUUAAAUUUCUCUUCGGUGUCAUUAAUUCUGCUGCUGGACAUCCUUGACAAGUGGACAGACAUUCCCCGAUGACCCCUCCAGGCAGGGGAACGUGUCAUGUAAGCCGUCGGAUAUGUCGCGUUCAUUCUGCGGGAUUUAUUUCAGCUCAGCAGAGCGGAGGCAGGAGGAGGACGGGAGAGUUUAGGAAGCCUGGUGUUCAGUUUGUUAAUGCCACAGUAUGUCAUCGGCAUCAGUGUGUAAAAGAACGACAGAGGAGUUCAACCACUCAUCUAAACCCAGACUGAUAACUGAAGUGUUCCCGGCUGAGGACUGGGAUUACAGUUUCCACGUUGGUGAAAGCCUCAAAAGCUUGUUGGAGAUGAAUCUGCCUGUGUGUGAUCUUAUGUCACAUAACAGCUGAGCCGAGUGUAAGAGAAGCACGACUCGGCUUUAUUUUUAGUCUUCUGGUAAUCAAAUUAUCUCUCUGCUCCUCCUUAGAGAUGAUCUUAAAGACAGACAGUCUUCCUCCUCUUCUUACUCACCCGUCCAGUUUAAUUAUCUGCCUGUUUUUUUACCUAAAACCAAAAUCACUAAAUGAUUGCUGUGGUGCAAAUUUUAAACAAAGUGGAAACCACUUGAGUUGGAAAAUGAAGCUAACCCCCAAUUUCCACCCCAUUCAGAACAGCUCUGCUACGAAACGGCGGCGAUUUUCACCGUCCGCCAAUUCUCACUGGAUCCAUUUGUGAGUCAAGUUUCUUGAUGGAUUUGGGACAGCAGUGUGGUAACCAGUUGUCUCUCUAAAGACAGACACAUAGACAUAUAAGCAGUAGAUUGUGUCCUUCCAGAGGAGGAAAUCUACUUCUAGACUUCUAGAAUCAGCAUCUCCUCAUCCAUGGUGUCAUCGGGGUGAAAUGACGUCUAAAAACCUUUCACUUGUUCGUCUCCGCCCGUUUGCAUGGUGUGAAAUACGAUCCUCCUGAAACACGGAGUGUUUUAUUUUGAAAAGAAGCCGGAUGUUUUAUUUUGUGUCUGUGCCCGACUUCCUUUCCAGCACGGGUUAAUCUGUGCUGAAUUUAUCCGCCAUGCUCCGGCGUCCAGAAAAAAUAGAACUCUUGAGAUCAGCUGUUGAAGUUGUGGAAGUGCAAAAGCUGCAGUUCCAUGAGUGUCCACUUGAGGCUGUGUGCACAAGCCAAGUACAUGUAGUAGCAACAUCACCUUUGUGUUUAUCACCAGCAUCUCUGGAGUUUAAUAACAGAAAAGAUGGACCUUGAAACCGUCAGAAAGGGGAGCCUUGAAACAGACCAUAAGCAUAAACAGUCAGUUUGUGAUUUACGGUCACGCCUCAAGUUUUAUACCAUCUCUAAGGUUCAACAAUUUUUGCUCUUUAUGAAUAAUUCAGUGUUUUUGCAAAGAUGCAGAGUUCAGACCGGGGAAGUUCUGCAUGUGGGCCUAGGGCUGGGCGAUAUGACCUCUAAUCAAUACCACGAUAUAUUGAUCAGUUCACCUCGAUAACGAUAAAUGGACGAUAACUCCUCCACAAGCUGCUCACCCCCUCCCACAUUAACUUCGUCUACUUCAGCUGCUCCAACUUUUGAACCGUCCUCCACCUCCUCACCUGUCUUUCCCUCUUUGUUACUUCAGUAUCAGUAAAUUUUCGGUUCAUCACCCCGCCCUAUGUGGGCCUAGGUAAAAACCAGACUAACAAAGAUGGUGAGGAGGUGUCUGCAGAUGUAACCAAGUCCAGCACUGACCACCUCCAUCCAUGAUUCUUGAUGUUUACUCAUGACCAAAUGCUUCCUGACUGACCCUGACUCCUCCCCCUCUUCCUGCUCACCUGUCCGUACAGUGAAGCUGUUUCCUGUCACCUGUGAGUACAUCAAAGGUGAGAAGCAGUUCUACUACAGAGCCCAGCAGUUCUACGAGGACGUCCCCGCCUCAGAGGAGGGCAUGAUGGGAGAUUUCAUGGAGAUAUCCAACGUCGAUCUGGAAGGUUCCCGGCAGUUCCUGAAGAGGUUUGUGGUGAGUCAUGAAACAAACUCACAUUUCUCUCUUCUUAAGGCUUCAAACAGAUCUGAGUGACAUUUAAGACGCUGCAGCAGGCCUCGAACCUCCGUCCACUAAUAGAUCCAUUUACACUGCAGCAGUUCUCUCUAUUUAAACAUGUCAGGAUCUAUUCUGAGUGAAGAAUUCAUCAUCCGGACUUUAAAAAGAAUCUCUCCUCCUUCUAAUGAGGGAGGUGCAGCUACUAAAAGUGGCACACGGAUGAUGCCAGACCCAUAAACGCCACAAACAGAGCGAGCUGGGCCAACUGAUGCCAGUGAGUUUGUAAAACAGAGAUUUAAUGUGAUUAUACUGGAGUUAGAAGAUAAAUGUCUGUCUUUAUGAAACAUCGAGAACAAGUUUGAGCUUCUUCACAUGAACACAGGUUCGAGUCCUGAAGGUUUAAAGUUGUACUUUUGCACAGGCGAAAUAAGGACACAGGAAAUAAGGCGCUGAGUAUAACAAAUCUAAAUUGCAGCUGCUUUUCUGAUUAGUUUUAAAUCAUCCUGCUGCCAUCUUUGAUUUUUAUUUUUGCAGGUAUUUUUGAAUUUGCAUCGUUCCUUCUUUUGCAGAAAGUUUCUCCCGUCUGCAUCCUAAUGAUAAGCACAGAUGAUCAUUUAUAUCAGUCCAAACAUAAACUUUCCUACACUCUAUUACACCAUGAUACAGUGACUGACAGGGCGAAUUAACCAGCAACAGUCCGAACAAUUUCUAUCAUGAAAAAAAGCAAGUAAAGAAAUUAUGCUGCUGAAGAUGAAACGACUGCACAAACAGGCUGCAAACACAAAAACAAUGCAGAGACUGAAACUGUAAAGUUAGCUGCAGUAAAAUGACCAUAUUAAGUGAUUUGACACCUUAUUAUUAUUAUUAAAAGUACUGCCUCAGUACCUGUGCUCCUUUAUUCACUUGUUGAUGAGUGUUUACUUUAUCUCAAGUCAUUAAAUCAUCAAUAUUUUCAAUAUUUUCUUCUGCCUGAAGAAGUUUUCAGUUUAAUUAGCAAAGAAAAUAAAUAUUAAGUUUAAAGCUCCCAUUAGGAAUGUCCAGUUUGUGUUGACUUUGGCGCCCCCUGUGGACAAAGGGACACCUCUUUGUUGGUCUCAUUCUGUAGUCGUGUAAAUAGUAAAUUUUUGCUGCCAUUACAGGCAUCAGAAAUAAAAACACAGAAAUGGUCGGUCCUGCUGCUGCUGCUGGUUUUGUUUGUUUUAGUCGAUCAUAUGAAGUCCUCUCUGUAAAUUUUAGUUAAUCUAAUAUCCAGUCGUAUUAAGUUUGCAGAUAUUUACCUCUGUGAUCAUGUGAGUGUGUGUCAGUGUGUGCUGAAGGAUGUUUUGGGGGGGUGUAUGUGCUAAUUCGGGGGAUGGCUGUGGCCCAGAGUCCGGGUUAUUUAGAGGAUCAGUUUUUAAAGAGAGCUAAUUAUAACCUGCUAAGAACAGACGCUUUAAAGAAACUGGAGGCGGCUUAUAGAGAUACUUUAACUCUGCUGUUAAUGGAAAUACAAAGAGGUCUGAUUAAACACGGAUUUAUAAGACAAGAUUAAUGUAACCGGACUAAAACAUUACAGUACAAUGCAGUGGUUAUAACCGUGCCUCACCUGUUGAGUUUAACCGUCAGUCUGGAUGAGUCGAUGAGGAAAACUCGAUCACAGCUCCAAAAACAGAUCAUCUUCAGUCCUGAUUUAUCUGUUUUCUCCUCUAAAGAUAAACCUUAUUGUAAAUCCACAACUGAUAUUCUUAAUUUUAAGGCUCAUAAUUAAACAGAUUUAUUCUCAUAAAUUUGGACUUUUUACCUUUAAAGAUUGAUUCUUGUUUUUUUUCCAACUAUAGUUUCAUAAAUUUUCUGUAACAUUUUAUUCUGUUAUAUUUACAGCUUUUCUCUCCCAGAUUCUUAUUUGUCUUUAUUUAUUGUCUUAAAUUUAUCCUGUAAAAUUAGGAACUAAAUCUCUUGAAUGAAGAAAUUUGAUAAAAGUGAAUUUAUGACUUUUUCUCUUAAGGUUUUGGAUGGAUUUGGACUGGAUGCCUGUUUGCGACUUUUAUCGUCUAAAUUUGGGACUUUUCUCGUUUUUACAGUUUCAUUUUCAUAAGUUUGUGACUUAAAUCUCAUAAAUUUAUCACCUUAUUCCCACAUCUCAACAAAACUAAUAAUGUUGACAUUAAUUUUCUUUAACUUGUGACCUUUUAAAACUUUUUUUUACUCUUUUUCUUGAAGUUAACAUUUCCAUUUUUAUUCUUGAACAUCUUCGAGUUCAUUCCUGUAAACUUGCUGUUAAUUUUUUCGUCAUAAAUAUCAGUCUUUGUUUUUGUGAAUUUAAGAAUUUGAUCUCUAAAAUUAAAACUAUCAUCUUGUUUAUUUACUUCUUUUUGUUUUGUGACGAUCUUUAAAGGAAUUAAAAGUUUCACAUCCUCCUGUUCAAAGUUGGCGUCCCGUUAAAAACACGUUUAAAAAGAAAAGAUUUAAAAGAGCUACAUAUUCACGGAGCAAUAUGGCAGUAAUUCAGCAGAACCAGGAAGCCUCCUGUAACAAGCUCAGGGCUCCUCGGGGCCCCAUCCUUCAUACGAUCACACACAGGGGCCCCUGAUGCCGAGGGGUUGGAGUGAGGUCAGAAUACCAAGUGAGAGGAGGAGAGAGCGGCAGGACGGUUUAAAGCGAGGGGACUCCUGGUUCCCCGGUGGUAAAGUUCAGAGUUGGUCUGCCCCGAGGUUCUGAGCUCGGCUCUGUGGUUGGUCGGUUUUCUUUGAGCUUCAGAGGACGGACAUCUGGAAACACGGCGAGUCAAGAAAACUCUCCUCCGUGACUUAUAGAUAUGGUAAUAACACGCUGCAGGGAGACUGACGUUUCUUCUGCUGUCGGACAUAAAUCCAGCUCCAAAUAGUUACCAUGACGGCGGUACGAACCGUCCUGAGCAGAGGAGAGGUCCUUCAAAAGACCUCAGAGAACACAAACUAGAAAUCACCUCCUAACAGAUCCGAUCUGCUUAUUUCCACUCCAGGGUCCCGGGAAGGCGGGGACACACUGCGCCCUGGACUGCGGCUGCGGGAUCGGCCGGGUCAGCAAAGGCGUCCUCCUUCCUGUGUUUGAGAAAAUGGAGAUGGCGGACAUGAUGGAGCACUUCCUGCUCCACGCUCACGAGGAGUACCUGGGCGACGACGCCGACCGCAUCGAGACGUACUACUGCUACAACCUGCAAGAGUUCACCCCCCCGAAGAACAAAUACGACGUCAUCUGGAUGCAGUGGGUGGCGUGUGAGUAGUUACUCUUUCGUAUUUUAACUACCUGGUCAAACUGUGAGUACAAAGAGUAAAUAAACCUGACUGUCAGGAUUUACCUCUGCAGGUCACCUGACAGACAAAGACCUGAUGAACUUCCUGUUCCGCUGUAAGAAGAGUCUGCGUCCAAACGGGGUCAUCAUCAUGAAGGACAACAUGGCGCGGCAGGGCUGUAAACUGGACCCCAUCGACAGCAGCAUCAGCCGCCACCUGGACAUCAUGAGGGUCAUCAUCGCCAAGGCCGGCCUGGAGAUCCUGGCCGUGGAGAAGCAGGAGGGACUCCCAGAGGUCAUCAUGCCGGUCUGGAUGAUCGCCAUGAAAUAAAAGGUGAGACUGUCGCGGCGGAGAGGUUCAGGUUAUCGUUGAAUCGGGCCCACUGAGAUUUUAGUUCUGCUGUGGAAACAUCGAUGGACUCAGCCGGACUGAGUUCAUGAUGAGUUAAAGUGAAAAUCUCCACCGUAAACCAAACUAAAAAAAAGUCAUUUUAUUAUUGGGUCUAAUGGGGGUUAAGGAGCUCUUGAGCCAGCCUCUAGUGGACACUCAAGGAACUGCAUGUCUUUGCACUUCAACAUCAGCUUAUAACACCAGCGGCUGCUGCUUGGUAGCAAAGUGAAAGACUGUCAUGAGACCGAGCUCUGACGGAUGUAACCGGUUCAGGAGCUUCAAGACGACUUCUCGGUAUUUCUUGUAAGCGAGGCUAACGUCGACGUCGUUAGCAGGUUCGAGACUGAGACUACGACAGCAAAUUAUGGUGCGUUCAGUUCCCUCAGAAGUCGGACUUGGGGAUGGUGUUACACCCGAGUUGGUGUUCCAGUUAACAAGUUGGAAAACUAGGGUUGACGUCUACAGUUACUGGUUGUUAGCUGUUGUUUACAAUCGUCAGCUGUUGUUUGUUGUUGUUAGCGAUACCAGUUGUAAACAACACAUAACGCAGUAUUUUUCUCGUACAAACACCACAGCACUGUGUUCACAGUUAGACGUCGGGCAGAACAACAUAAACCACUUAUUCAAUUUCACAAAAACAAAACAGAAGUGUUAAUAAAUAAAACAUUACGAGAGCUUUCACUGUUACUCUUUACUGUCGAUGAACUGCGCUGCCAUCUUGGAUUAUGACGUUGUCGUUAAGUCAGGGUUGGAGAGGAUUGUCUGACUUUCUGAGUCAGAAAUCCGACUUCAGGGGGGCGUUCCAGAUGAAUUUCCGACUUCAAGCUCGGAAAUCCCGACUUCCAAGUACAACUGAAACGCAGCAUUAGAAGAAGUCUGAUGACACAACACGUCAUCAUCUAAAAGCAGCUGCCUGAGCGUCACUGGAGGUCUGUGAAGGUUCAACACGAUUUGACCAGGAUUAAGUAGAUUCAAAAGCAUCAGUAUUUAUUUUACAUCAUGAUUUAUUUCCUUUAGCAUCUCAGUUUAAAUGUUUUUAUUUCAAUCAGCUGAUAUCUUAGACUAAUCAAGAGAACUAAAGUAUCUUUAAACUGGGCGUUAAUCAGCCUGGAGCUCUUUAUAUAUUAAACAUGAUCAGUGAUACAGUCUGUUAAUCUCUCUCUCUCUCUCUCUCUCUCUCUCUCUCUCUCUCUCUCUCUCUCUCUCUCUCUCUCUCUCUCUCUCUCUCUCUCUCUCUCUCUCUCUCUCUCUCUCUCUCUCUCUCUCUCUCUCUCUCUCUCCCUCUCUCUCUCUCUCGGUCAGGUGACCUUUCAGCCUAUCGGGCCGUUCUUCCUCCAAAAGGUCAACGCCACGGAUCAAUUUUACACCACGCCGUCUCCAGAUGGGUUCAGGCCAAAGUGACUGAGCUGCCCACCGCAAGGCAUGCUGGGUAAAUUAAUUCAACCUGAUAUCCAGACACAGAUCACAUGCUAACACCAGGUGGAGAUGAGUCAGUCGGCGUCGCGUUAGGUUCUCUGUCCAAACUUAGUUCAGGAUGUUGUAAAUAUGAACUCUGUCUUUCUGUAAGUAUGUGUUUUAUACUCGGGCUUGUAAUAUCGCAGGUUAGUGGAAAUGUAGUUUUUAUAUUGAUUCCUUACGUGUCAUUUUCUCUGUAAUGAGCUUAAACUCAGACCUUGACUGUUAAUGUUCCUUUAAAGAACUUUAUUUUUAUGUUUUAGAGCGGAAAUGUUCUGCGUUCACUCAAGAAGAAAGUCUCUCAGUUUGGAAAUUUCUCUUUAAUUCUUUAACCGUAAAGUGACUUUGAUGUUUUUCCGUAUUUUCGCGCUUCACUCUGUAUAUUUGCUUAAACUGAGCUGGAGGUUUUCGCUGCUUUUGAGGAAUAAAAACUCAACAACACACGGAUGUCAUUUCAGAUUUUUUUGGAGUCUCUCUUUUCAUGUUUGAUAUUUUUCAUCCCAACAAAAGCUAACAGGAUUAGCGAUGGGCGAUCAGGGGUGGUUAUUUUAAUCACGGCUGAAACACUGAACAGUUUCUGCUCGUCCUGUUCAGACCCUCUGAAAUCAUUAGGGUAAUCUCCUAAGUAUUAUUACUGUUAUUAUUUUUCUCCAGGCUAACAGCAGAAGCAGCACAUUGUUUUGGGUUAAUGACUUUCAGAUGGGCCCCUGAGGUGGACGCUCGGCUUGAUUAUUUCCUGCUUUUGACAGACAGUGCCUGCUUUCAUAUCUGCCCUGGCUUCAUUUCAGGCCUGUCAGAUGUUGUCUGCAUAAAACACAUCCAGGAGUCGCCUCAAAUAUUCACGGUUUGCGUGCGUAAGCGCCCGACAGGAGCGGUUCGGGGCUGUUCCUCCCUCAGCUUCUAUGAAAGGAUAGUUUGUCAAUGAGCGGCCUGGCACCGAGAGAGCGAGCACAAGAUCAUCAAAGUGUGGAGGUGUGCGAUGGCGUGAGCUGAUCUCCGCGGUGUGUUUCUCUCGUCAGAAUGACUCUUUUGAGACGUGAAAAUCCCAAACACAUUUUCCACAUCCCGUAUGAAUUAAAGAUCAAAAUGCCCCAAAGUCAAACUCGCAGGUAUUUUUUCACUCCUCCGGCAAAUAGCAGCCAAAUGUGCUGUCACCUUUUCAGGAGUGGUUAACAUCGCUGACAGUCAACGCCAUCAUUUCUAAUACUCCUCAACGCAUUCUGCAGCCGCACGGCAGCACUUUGAAUAUAUUAGCGGGGGUAACGCUAAUUUGUCCCGUCACGUCAGCAGAGCCCGGGUUUGGGCCUGAGUCCAGACAGAGUACAGUGUGUGGACCGAGUGUAAACACCCCGACGUAAGAGUUCAGAUCACAGCCAGAGCGCUGACGGGAGAUUUGAUCAUCAAAACAAACAUCUCAGAUGACUUUUACCGGGAUCCCUGGACUCGUCUCAAACACGCCGCCUGCUCCAUCAUCCUCAUCGACGCCUCGUUUUAACACGACAGCAGCUUAGCGGGAAGUUCAACCUCAGGAACAACUCAAACCCCGAGAUUUUUAAGUAAGUUUUUAAGUAAUUGGACAUUUAUAGGACGACACAUGUGCAGCUAAUUUCAGAAAGAGACAUUUCUGAAACGUUGGCGACCGCUGACAGUUAUCGCUUUCUGGGAUUGUGGUCAGCGAUACAGGACGACCAGCCGAGACUUUCCUGUUUGUCAUUUGUUAGAGUCCAGCUAACAACUUUUUUUAACAACUAAGCAAAAUCUCCUUCCAUGUGGUGCGGACUAUUAUGUCUUCAUUUCGAAACCAACCGUUUAUCUGCAACAAGUUCACCUGUUCGUAUUCUCACCGCCUCCAUCGAUCUAUUUUAUUGUUUUUGAAUGAACUUUUCCGUUAAGUUUAUGUCAGUGCGAAGUCUGUUUACAGUCUAUGGUAGGACGCCAAAGCUAGCUAGCUUAUAACAAAACGUCGGCUGGCAGCAUCAUAAAAAAUUAGCCUCAGACCUUUAGAGUGUAAGACAAGACAAGUAGUGUGACUUGUGUACGAUCAUCUUAACGUUAAUUAACGGUUUUGCUAAAUAGAUCACAAAUAAACUCUACAUACCUCUGCAUCUUCAGCCAGUAGAAGGAGGAGAAAGCGUUGUCAGCGCCGAUUGAAUGAGCGAUGAACGUUCAUUUUAUUGCUGAUUUUACCUCAAAAGUGGAUGAACGAGCGCAGCCAAAAGGUGGCGGUAAUGAGCUGAUGCAGAGCUAGCCGACGACAAAUUGGCGUAGAAGAAGAAAUCGCGUCGAAACCCCAUAUGGGGGUUAGGGGUUUAGGGAUUGAGCGAUUCAUUUCAGACUCAGUCGAAGUGUAACACCUCUAAACAAAGGAAGUGAUGUGUGACUGUUGCUAGGAAACACUUGAAGGACUUGGGUUUUGUCCAAUCACAAACAAGGAGUACGGUCGUUCCGUUGGCUUUCUGAACUCUUCUUUGCAGAGAGUGAAUAAUUUUCUGUUAGAGAAAUAUUUUUCAUGUUUGUUUUUGUCUUUUAACAAAUUAUUUUUUAAAAUAAGUUUAAAUUUAUAUAAAUGUAUUGAAGCUUUUUGUUUUACCUUUUAACAAAUUUUUUUUGCAAAGAUUUUUGCUUUGCGCUUUUUAUUGCUGACAAUUAAAAAAUAUACUUUGGAAAAUCUUAAAAUAUGCACACUUUUUGUUCGUUUAAAUAUUUACUUGCAGUUUUGAAAAUAAUUUAGUGUUUGAAUUAAAAACUAAAAACUAUUUUUAUGUGCAGAGAGGUUUUUGUCCACAGGGGGCGCCAGAUCACCUCAAACAAAGAGUUCCUCCCAGGAGCUUUAAACCUCUUUCCUCCUGCGCCGUCUAAAAUCCUCUCCUUUACUCAUAAAAACACAGGCUGUGUCUCAUUUCAGAGACCGCAUCAGGAUAAGCGCACUUAAAGUUGUAAAUUUAGGAGAAUAAAGUCAUAAAGCUGCUUUUGUGGAGGGGGAAAUGACUGAAGCUGGUCAUCUGCAGGGUAAUCUGUGGAUGUAUCAGCGGGUCAUUCAGAGAGAUUUUGUGGUUUCUGAAGAAACAAUCAAACUGAUGAUGAUCAACAUUUGUGAUCCAGAGGGAGUCGAGCUCCGACGAGCACCACGUCUCUGACACCGACGGUAGCCUACACCUGCAGAGACACCAACACCUUAUUAUGGCAUAUGGAUUCAUAUCAUAAACUAAAGCUCAAUGUCAUUCACGGAUAUUUACGGCUGCAUUGACAGAUAUAUCCUCAGCAUAUUCAUUUCUGCCUCCACAAAAGCAGCGAUUUCCUUCCAGUACACCAGUUUUUUUCCCCGUGGAAAAGACGUAUUUCUCAUAUAUUCUUUUUUUAAAGUCUUUAUACUUAUGACAAUGUGAUGCUGAUGUGCCAGAGGAUGAAGUAUCUCCUUGUUUGUGAAACCUAUACUGAAGCACAGUUCCUUCAAAUGCUUCAUGGUCCUAAUUUUAACAAGUCUCCUCUGAAAUAACAGGAAACUUUAAAACUAUAUUCUCAUAAAUUCACGACUUAAAUCUUCUUUAAAGUCUUCAGUCUAAAUAUGGCCCUCAUACUCCUUCAUACAAAACAAUCAUUGGAUGAAUUGUGCUUGUAUGUAUCUACUAUUUUGUGUCUGUGCGAGGUCGCACACUUAAAAAAUAAAUGCUGAGCUCCGCGGGUUUUCUUUAAGUCAGUCGUGACGCGAGCCUGAGGGCGGGGACAUUUGGCGACUCCACCAGGAAGUCCUCCGAAGGUCUCCAAAUGCCAGUCUUGUUCCUGUAAAGGAAUAUUGUCUUAAUUUUAACUGAAUCAGUGAUUUGACAACACAUUUUUACAACUUUGAGAGGUAGAUUAAAACUCCAAAAAUGUUCAUGAACCCACUUUAGUUUUUGUUGUUGUAAAGAUAAAAAACAGAUUUAGUUCAAAACAAAAAGAAAAAAAGAUGAGACCAUGAGGCUUUUAUCGUCCUCCGUCUCUGUGUUUACCUCCGGAGCCAGCCUCUCCCGCCUUGUUACGCCGGCGUCUCAGGAUGACCUCCAGCCCGCUGUCCUUAUUCCCGGGCGGUGACGGCCCUGACUCCUGAGAUCCUCGGCUGGGACUGCGCUUCACCGUCUCCUGCGGGAAAACACAACCGUCACUGCAGAGACUUGACUGUCCGCCAACACAGAUUAAGAUUAAGAUUAUUUAUUAUCCACGUUAGAGGUUGUGUAAACCUGGAUAAUCUGACCUAUCUUAACUAAUGAAUUUACUUGUUCUUGCACCUGCAGCUGGAUUUAUCGAUGGAGGUGAGACCCCUGGUAGGGCUGACAUAAUAUCAGAUUUUCCUGUCAUGGAAAACUUGACGAUAAAUAAAACAUCUCCAUCAGUAAAACCGAGAGUGGAGCAUGUUUUUAUUCAUGUCUAAAAAUAUUCAGAUUUAUGAUCCAUCAUCAGCUCUCUGACUGAAGACAUUAUUUAACAUUUGUUUGUCAUGCUUUUAUUUUGGUAGGUACAUUAGGGUGUUAGAUGUCUACCGCACUGCGCCACCGGAGACCAUCCACAGUUGGGGAUGAGCUCUGCGUGGUUUUAUCUUGGUACUUUUGCUCCUGGACUUUAAAAUUCAUCCUGAAUUUCGUAAAAUAAAAACAAACACAAGCUCCAGCUUUCAAUUGCAAUUUAUUUCAAGUGACGCUAAAAUGAAAAUCUAUGUUUAAAAAACUUAUAAACACUCCACGAGGACCUGUUAGAGUAUGUCCCAGCUGCAGGUUGUCUGAAGGCCUGUGCCAAGCCUUGAUAUGCAUAAUAUUCAGGCCUGUGGUAUUAAUAACAACUCUGAUGGGUUUUUUAAUGUGCAGCUUAACAGUCGAGUAACAUCUGGUCCUUUGCAUGUUAAUAAAAUACACUCAAUGAAUGGAACGAAAGCACUUUUCAAUGUGAUUCUGUGUUAUAAGAAAGAAUGACAAGGUGUGAAAGCAUCAUAUAAAUGUGCCCAAUGUAAUUGCAUACUUCUUAAAAUUGUUCCACAUGUCAGGAAGGCUAUAUAUAGAAAAAAUUCUCAAUAGGGCCCUCAUACUCCUUCAUACAAAACAAUCAUUGGAUUAAUUUUGUGGGAAUGAUCUGGGCUUGUAUGUAUCUACUAUUUUGUGUCUGUGCAAGGUCGCACAAUUAAAACAAUACAUGCUGCGCUCCGCAGCUUUUUUUCUAGUCAGUCGUGACGUAAGCCUGAGGGCGGGGACAUUUGGAGACCUUCGGAGGACUUCCUGGUGGAGUCGCGCUUAGCAUUUCUUAGCGUCUCGUGCCAAAUGGGACACC